AUGACUGGGUAUAAGAAUGUUGCGAACAAAUUUCUGGAAAAAACCGGCUUGCUACAUUCGGCCAAACAAAUGAAAAAUAAAUUUGACAACUUGAAGAAAGAUUCGGUAUCAUGGAAGAAGCUAGAGAAUGCCAGCCACGGCUUGAUAGGGUUUGGGUACGAUCAUGAGACGGGUCUGUUCACUGCACCUGACCAUUGGUGGGCCAAAAUGCAAGCGAUGAACAACCGAUGUGCUAAGUUCAACACUAAGCCUCUAGAGCACUUGGACCUCAUGGAGCGGGUGUACUCUGGUGUUGCAGCGACUGGGAAACAUGCAUGGAUUCCAACUGAAGUGCGCGAUGAUGCUGUUGCUGUGACCAAUGCCAACGAGGACAGCGGGAUGGGACCUCUUAGUGCAGGCACACCACCACAGCCGGGCCAUGACACUAUCGGGGAGAACGUGGUGGAUAGUUUUCUCUUCGAUGAUGCUCCCCCCAAGUCAGUCGUGGACGGAUCAGCCAACGCAAAACGUCGCAAGAGGCCAACACCUGGUACUGUCGCUAGUAGCAUGGACAACCUCGUGGAAGCAGUCAACAAACAAAGCCGGGAGCUGAAAAUUACACAAUAUGUUGUCACUGGUAAAAGUGACAACACUGUAGGGGACUGUCUUGCAAGGCUUAUGAGCACGCCUGGAUUGUAG